AUGAAUGGGAACACAGCAGGCAGGAAGCUGAAAUUUGCCAUUUUGGUGACUGGAAAUUCAGCUCCCGAGAUCGAAAGGGAGUUUGGAGACUACGGUGUCCUUUACAAAAAUCUUCUAUCAGACCCUGUACUCGACGAGGAGUGGCACGUAUUCUACCCUGUCAACAACCAUUUCCCAACAGAUGAGGAAUUGCAGGACUUCAAGGGCAUAAUCCUGACAGGGAGCAGGCACGACGCAUAUGCCACAGAUGAGUGGAAUUUGAAGCUGCGGGAGCUGAUCAGGACAGCUCACUCGAGGCAGCAGCGCAUUCUGGGCCACUGCUUUGGCUGCCAGAUCACAACCAUCGUCCUUGGCGGCACUGUUGGUAAGGCGCCAACAGGGUAUGAGGGCGGGGCGCGAAAAAUCCACACCACCCAAGAGUUUGACAAGAUGUGGUAUGCAGAAAAAUUUGAGGAGCGCCCAGAGUUCAACCUGCACGAGACCCACUUUGACAUCAUCACAGAACCGGCGCCAGGGAUGCAGGUGCUGGGAUAUGGGAAGAACACCCCUGUGCAGAUGUGCUGCAUGGGUGACCACUUCCUCGGUCUGCAGGGCCACCCAGAAAUCACAGACAAGUACAUGGAGGCAGAUCUGAAGGAGCGAAUAGCCUCGGGCAAUUUACCAAAGGACAUUGCAGAGGAGGCUCUGCGAGACCUGAAGGAGAAUCCGGUGACAGAGGAGGCCUGGAGGGACAUGCAGAAGCUCCUCAAGACCUUUUUGAAGGUCGACCAUGAGCAGGCGGAUGUGUUUGACCUCAUAAGCUGA